AUGACAUCUUACGACUUUUUUGCGCCUUGCUCUACGCCCAAACGCCAGCGGAUAUCUAGCGAGAGAGAAAGACUAGUUGACCUUCCCAUCGAGGGACCCUCUAGAAGGAAAACUCCAGCGUAUCUAGAUCUCAAUGGUUGCGAAUAUCGGCCAAUUUUCAGUGAAUUGCCUUUUGAUUCUCCGACAGCCCGCCAAUCCGCAUCUAAGAAAGAAGCUCGAUCGGCCACAUAUUUUCCCCAUUUCGACGCCGAGACUCAAGUCCUCCAACCAAGCUUUAAUGAAAACUUCAAUUCAGAAUUUAACUACGGUGGAAAAUCAGUUGCUGAGAACAUUUCGAGGCCUGCUCAGAUCACCCGGGGCGACCUCGAAAACAUCGGCAUCCCGUUCAACCUGGCUCAAAUGGAAUAUCACUUGAAAAACGCUCUCCAUCCUCCAGCUGUUGGUGUGGAAAACUUGAUACGCGCCGAACUUCCAGUUGUUGGUGUAGAAAACUUGAUACGCGCCGAGCCCCCCCUCAAUUUUGGCAGUCAAAACUAUUAUUUCGACGACCACUGGUUUAAUGAGAGUGUCACCCAAAUGGCAUCCGAAUCGUCUUCGUACCCACCAUUAAAUUCUAUGAGUUCAACGUACCCACCAUUAAAUUCUAUGAGUUCAAGUUCAGAUUGUAAUCCGCUCCCAGAGUUUGAUCCUUCCAUGAAUGUCUUUGCUUCCACGCCGAGCUUUAGUCUUAGUCCAUUCCAUCACGAGAAUAGAAAAAGGUGUGCUGAGGUGGCGCUUAACGAUCGCAGCACAAAACACGUGACGCAUAUUGAUUUGGACGGCAUGGAUAGCGGGUCGAAUUUAGUGGAUAACGAUGUCAAGAAAUUGUUCAAUGUCCCUAUGCUGCCAAUUCAUGUCACCAAUAACUUCCGGGAGGCCGAAAAUAUCAUCAACAUGAUAAGAUGUGAGGCUACGAAAAGGCAAUUAUACUCGAAAGACAGAGAUAUAUGGUCGGAGGAAGCUUCGCGUGCAUUUGACGAAGCUAUUACAGUCAUUCCUCGGCUUGGUCGCGCGAAAAUUUUAGCUUUAACAUCUGAAGGACGGAAGCCAUUCGGUCGGAAUGAAUUGAUAGCUGACUAUAUCUAUCGGAGGACUGGAAUCGUGCGCCAUCGGAAACAAGUCUCGAGCCAUAUCCAAGUUAUCAAGAAUUCAAGAAAAACGGAACCGCUCAAAAAUCUGUCUCAGAACGCGUCUUUUGACCGGUGCUCGGCAAGUUGGUUUGGUGCAUUCAUGUGCAAAGACGUCUUGGUUCUGUACCCGUGUACUCCGCAAUUUCCUUUCCCUAGUCAAUCCUUGCAACACCAGCCAGCAGCCCAAAAUGAAAAGGAGUACAUGGCUUUUCUCGAGGAAGUUGCUCAUGCUCGCAAUCCAAAGCUUCCAGCCUAA